UGCGCGAUGCCGGCCGCAGCGCCUGCGUGGUGGGUAUGAAGCCGGCGGUCAGAGAUGGCGCACGGACAUCACCUCGCGCUGUGUCGCAGCCCCGUCACCUUCGAGAAGGUGUCCGCCCUCAACAGCGUCUUCUUCGAUGAGACCAACAAACAGGUGUUUGCUGUUCGCUCCGGAGGUGCAACAGGUGUGGUGGCCAAAGGUCUGGAUGACAAGGCCUCCAUCUCUUUCAGAAUGGAAGACAAAGGAGAAGUGAAGUGCAUCAAAUUUUCAUUUGGGAAUAAGAUUUUAGCCGUGCAGCGAACACCAAAGGCCGUGGAUUUUAUCAACUUCAUUCCUGAUCUGCCUCAAACAGAAUACUCACAAGAAUGCAAGACCAAAAAUGCCAACAUCCUGGGCUUCUGUUGGACUAGUACGAGUGAAAUAGUGUUUAUCACUGACCAAGGAAUUGAAUUUUACCAGGUACUCCCUGACAAACGUGCUUUAAAACAACUCAAGACACACAGCAUCAAUGUCAACUGGUACAUGUACUGUCCCGAGACGGCAGUGCUCCUCCUGUCCACCACCGUGCAGGGUAAUGUCUUACAGCCCUUUACAUUCAGGAGCGGAACAAUGACAAAAAUGCCAAAGUUUGAAAUCGAAUUGCCCACCAGCCCCAAGUCUGGAAACCCCAUUCUCUCCGACAGAGAUACAAUUAUGGCCAUCGUGUAUGGCCAACUGUACGUCCUCUACUUGAAACAUCAGCCAAGGGCUCCCAACAAUCCUGGUGCAGAAGUCAUCUUGUAUUAUUUACCCAGAGAAGGACAGUGUAAGAAAAUGCAUAUAUUGAAACUAAACACCAUCGGAAAAUUUGCCUUGAAUGUGGUUGAUAACUUAGUGGUGGUGCAUCAUCAGAGUUCUCAGACCUCCAUGAUAUUCGAUAUCAAACUGCGAGCAGAAUUUGAUGGUGCGGUCACGAUUCAUCAGCAAGUCCUGUUACCUCUGUCCAUUCAACCCUGUAAGAUCCCCCGAGCAGGUCCGGCAGCUGUGACAACUCAAAGCCCCAUCCCGUGUGAACUUUAUUCUUCAUCCUGGAGUGUGUUUCAGCCUGAUAUUAUAAUUAAUGCGAGUGAAGGUUACUUGUGGUGCCUCCAGAUAACGCUGCAGCCGAUAGUCCACAUGCUUCAUGACCGGGGACGGCUGAUGGACUUCUUACUGCAGAGGAAGGAUUGCAAAAUGGUCAUCUUGUCUGUGUGCUCCGACAUGCUGAGUGCAACAGAACGGGCGAGUCUGCCCGUCAUUGCCACCGUGUUUGAUAAACUUAAUCAAGUCUACAAGGAAUACCUGGAAGCUGACCAGAACUAUAUCUUGGUGAGUGAUGUUGCAGGAACACUUUUUGACAGGCUGAAGAAGGGUUCUGACCCAAAACAUUGUCUGUCCAUUCUCUCCACAGACGCUGCCUGGUCUGCUGAGGUCCUCUCGCACUUUGUGUUUUGCUCAAUUCCAGCACCUGCAGUUCCUUGCCUUGAUUACCUUGCUCAGUUUCAUAAAACCCACUCCAGGCGUCAGUGUGUUCAGAUUGUGAUGCUGGGGUUGUUGCUGCAGGAUCUCCCACACAAGUUUAUCAGUGCCGUUCUGAUGGAAUACAUCCGGUCUCUCAAUCAGUUCCAGAUCCCAGUCCAGCAUUACCUGUAUGAGUUGGUCAUCAAAACCCUUGUCCAGCACAGCAUGUUCUACAUGCUGCACCAGUUCCUCCAGUAUCAUGUACUCAGUGACUCCAAACCACUGGCCUGCCUGCUACUGUCACUGGAGAGUACCUACCCACCCGCUCAUCAGUUGUCUCUCGACAUGCUGAAGCGGCUGUCUACAGCCAAUGACGAGAUCGUGGAAGUGUUGCUGUCCAAGCACCAGGUCCUGGGGGCUCUCCGCUUCAUCCGCAGUGUCGGUAGCCAUGACAACAUCUCCGCCCGCAAGUUCUUGGAUGCGGCGAAGCAGACGGGAGACACGCUGCUCUUCUACACUACCUUCCGCUUCUUUGAGCAGAGGAAUCAAAGGCUACGAGGAAGCUCGCACUUCACCCCAGGAGAGCACUGUGAAGAACACGUCGUCCACUUUAAAAGUCUUUUUGGAGAAGAAGCACUUUUGACAGCACUGGCUGUGUGAACUUGGGACCAGGCAAUGAGCUUGUGAAUGUUUGACUUUAUUAAAUAAAAAGACCAUAAAAAUUA